AUGCUCCACUCGUCGUCCCUCCUCACAGUCGAGUCGGUCUCCAUCGACACCACCACCACCACCACCACCACCAAGGUCCACCCGCUGCCCAAGGGCACGCGGACAGGCGCCACGUUCAACCUGGCCAACUGCGCAGUGGGAGCAGGCGUCCUCGGCUUGCCCUUUGCCAUCGCUUCGGCUGGCCUUGCCCUCGGCUGGAUCCUCCUCAUCUUCCUCUCGCUCAUCGCAUGGCUCGGCCUCCGCUUCAUCGUCUACGCCGCGACGGCCACUCGGGCCAACUCGUACGAGGAUCUGGUGGCGAGAGUCGCCGGCGACAGGGCUGCCACGGCGUUCAAGCUCCUCAUUGUCGCCUACUCGAUGGGCGUUGCCGUGGGCUACAUUGUCAUCGUCGGCGAUCUCAUGCCCAAGGUGGUCGGCCAUUGGAUCGAUGGCGACGCUGGCGAUGACGAGGCCAGCCGCUCGUUCUGGGCCUCCCGGGCCGUGUGGCAGACGCUGCCGACCUUUGCCGUCAUGCUCCCGCUCUCCUCGCUCCGCUCCAUCGACUCGCUCCGCCACGCCUCCAUGCUCGCCAUCGCCGCCAUCAUGUCUUUGUCUUCACCGUCCUCCUCCGCGCCGCGCACCAAGCACGUCACCUGGUUCUCCUUCACCCCGGACAUCUUUGUGGCCACGCCCAUCAUCGCCUUUGCCCUCGGCGGCCACCUCCAGUCCGUCGCCAUCUUCAAGGACCUCGCUCCGCAGAAGCAGAGCCUCGCCAACUGGAACCUCAUCGCCAUGUACGUCGUCGUCGGCCUCUCCUCGCUCUACGCCGCCGUCGCCUCCUUUGCCUACAUGCAGCACGGCGCAGAGGUCGAGGCCAACGUCCUCCUCUCGUUUGCCUCCUCCGACGUCCUCGUCCAGAUUUCAGCCAUCGCCAUCUCUGUCGUCGUCACUCUCUCCUACCCGCUCUUUGUCUGGUCGCUGCGCAACUCGCUGGACAUGCUGCUCUUCCCGGACGCCCGCCCGGCGCCCUUUGCCCGCCUCCUCGCUCUCUCCAUCGGCAUCGUCGCCUCCACCUACACCAUCGCCAUCCUCUUCCCGGACAUCAAGUUCAUCCUCUCCUUCCUCGGCUCCACAGGCGCCGUCCUCAUCAAGUUUGUUGUCCCCUCCUACCUCUACCUCCGCACCGCACCGCCCGACGACUCCCGCAUGCGCAUCGGCGCCUGGGCCGUCCUCAUCGUUGGCGUCGUCGUCGGCCUCGUCUCCACCACAGUUGUCCUUGUCGGCGCUGCCUCGUAAAAGCCCGCUCGCCAC